UCCGUUGCUACGCUAUCUUGUGUAGACAUUCUCUAGGGUGAUGGAGAAGAAAAUGUAGUUUCUCGGCCUCGAACGAAAAAAAAAAAAAGAUAACGCCGUUUGAUUUACACCGUGAUAAUAGCUACGAUGGCCGGUAUAAGGAGAGUGAACGGGAAGUUAUCUGGUAUCAACACAGCUGUCAGCUGCUGUCGCCUGCGUCAAGUUCAAGCUCUGCUGUGCGAGGGUGGUACUGCCACCCCUGAUGGCAUCCUGUGCACUCUAGGAAUUGACAGCAGAUAUAAUGAAGGAUGCACUGAGCUGGCGAAAUACUUGUUUUAUGGACUAUACGGACGAAAUCAGGUGAAUCUGGACAAUGUCCUUGAGGAGUUUCCCGAAGAAAUGCUGGAUGAUGUGAUCCUGCUGAUUAAGGCGGAGUGUGUUCACCUGUACUGCAACCCACUAAACUACAGUUACCUGUUGCCCUAUGUGUCACACUGGAGGAACCUGCAUCUCUACUGCAUGACCGAGGCAGAGUAUGAAGAUGAAGAAGCUGCGGAGGAGUUCAAAAUUUCCAGUUUUGUUACCAUGGUGCAGGAUUGCUGUCGUAUCGGGGUCCCUUACAGUUGUCAGGGACACACCCAACGGUUUGAUAUGUUUAUGGUGGAAAAGUGGCCCUUAAUCCAAGCGUUUGCCCUGGAGGGCAUCGGUGGAGGAAGCCUUUUUACCACAAAAUACAAGUUAAUGGACAUGAGUGAGAAGCUGUGGAAGGUUUACAACAGACUUGACCCUGUGUCCCUGGAUGGGCUCCUCUCAGAGGACGUGGUAAUCUUUGAGAAGCAGUGGAGUGGCUUUUUCUCCGGCAUGGACCUGGAGAGUCAUCUCUCCAUCUUGGAGCUGUCUGAAGCACAAGCAGGAGAGGCAUUUCGUACAUAUUACUCUCAUGGACUGAUCUCAAGCAACAUCACAGACAAAAGUACAAGUCGGCAGCCGUUCGUGUUGUUUGGGAAACAUUCCUCCUCGGAGGAACUGAAGAGUUAUUCUUUCAACUUUCCGUCAGAGAGUCAUCAGGUCCGCAGCACAGGGCCUCAGGGUUCUGCAGCCAGACACAUGCUUUUGCAGUGUGUGGCCCCCAAAGGACCUCUGGCCUGCUCCCGAACCUAUUUCUUUGGAACCACCCACACCCCGUACCUUGGAAACAAAAACACCCAACAAAAGAAAACAGAAGUCUUACUUUUGUCACAGAUUUAUUCAGCGGCUGUUGAAGCAGUCCUUUCAGGAAUCAAAUGCUUCUCCUCCACCACCAGCGCCACCAAGGCUAAGGAUGUGGCUGAGAACACCUUUCUGAUGGGGUUGGAUGCUUACAACUUAAGUCAGUACCGCAGCUCUCUCAGGUCUAAAUGUGAAUUCAGCAUUCAGGCUGUGAAUAACCAAGGAAUAAUAAUUCCGCUGACUGAUGAGGACAGCCGUUAUGUGAUAAAAACAGCUUCCCUGGUUGUCCACGACAUCCCAGAUCUGCAGAGGAACACAGGAGACCUGGGCUCUGUGGUCUUCUCUGAGUCCUUCUUGGAGUCCAGCAUCAACAUUCAACAGAGAGAUGGCUCUGUGUCCUCAGACAGCUGCUACACCAUCCUGACUACGACCGUGCCUCGCUACGCCUGCUGGCUGAUGGAGUCUGAUGUGAAGCAGUCUGAGCAAGCCCAACAUCUCACUAAGCAGAAAGAGGAUGAGACGUGUCUGGGAACUGUUCUGACGGACGCGGAUGCUGCAUACGUGUUCUCCAGCAGCCAGCUCUCCACACCUGAAGAAGGGAAAAUAACUUUCUUCUCGGAGGGAAUCCUGUUUGUCCAUUCUCAGUAUGGUAGCAUUACUCUGUCCAAGGAUCACAUCAGCAACAUCAAGUUCCAUCACCCGGAGUACAGCGCUGUGGCUUCUCUCUUUGUCGAGUACGACGCCAGCCUGAUGCCACACCUCCCGUUCCCUCUCCACAGCUCGGAUCAGUGUCUGGUCUUUGGCCUGCAGCCUAGGUCCAAGAGCCACAGGGCCUUCUAUUCCCAGGUGUUGUCCGUGUGGAAAAACUCUGAGUCUGGAAUAACUCUGCAUGUGUUGGAACCAGAGCACCUGACCUGGAGGCAGAAAAGCUUGCACACCAGGCUGCAGAAGCUUCACGACAGUCAGGAGCCACCAGUGGCCAAACGCAGAGGCAGCCUGAAGACUUCAUACUCCCAGCUGCCAGAGCAGGAAAUGUUUCUUCAGCACUUUGCCCUGAGUAGCAUUGGUCCGGAGCCCAUUCUGUACGACCACCUGGGGGUGCUCUUCCCCUCCGCAGAGCUGAGGAAACCAGGCCCCGGCCAUGCAGACAAGGUUGUCAUCACCAUCAUCACUGGACUUCCAGGAAGCCAUAAAGAGCAGCUUUGCAACUUCCUUGUCCAACUAAACAAGGGGUGUGAAAAGUGGGUGGUGUAUGAGCCUGGUGAGGACAGCUUUUCAGCCUCUCACCUCCAGCAGUAUUUGUCCAGCUUCCUAGAGAGCCAGAGAGGCACAAGAGGCAAACCGCGUCUGUUGGUGCUGUCACCUGGAUACACAGAUGUUCUGGAUGUGGUCCAGGCCGUUCUCUUCCACCCCGACCCGGUCGUCCAGGCGUGUUUCACCAUCGGCGCUGUCACGGCCUGUGUGAACCCCUUCGUCUCCUGCAUGGAGCAUAGGUUUGCUUUUCCUAAGCUGCUGGAGCAGUGCAGCCAAGGUGUUGUGAGUACAGUGGUGUUCACUGGGCUGACAGCAGAGAAGAAGCACCCUCUCAUGCAGCAUGUUCAGCAGUUGGUACGCUCUGCCAACCCCACCGCUGCCUUCGUACUGGCAGAGAGAGGAGCUGUCACCAGGAAUGAAGAUGUGACUCUGAUAUUGUCUGAGAGCAGCUUCAACGAGCCGCAGAUGCUGAGAGCACGUUACGUCCUCUACCCUGGAUGGUGCAAAGGGCGCUUCUUUUCUGGUUCCGGGACUCUGGUCCUCACCCAGCAGCGCGUGGCUUUCAGCCGGCCCCUGGAGAGGCCUCUAUUUGUCACCCGCUGUAGAGAAAUCAAGUCGUCACUGAAGCCGAGCCCGUUCCGUGGAAAUGUGUACAAUAUUUGGGGAAAAGUCAAGUUUUCCGACUCGGACCAACUGAUGGACGUGAGCUACAACGCGGUGAGUGGGAGCCUGAGUGUCCACCCGGAGCAAAGCCUUGACUCCGUGACCCCAGGCCCCAAGGAGACCAACACGCCCUGUUUCCUGGUCUUUGAUGGUGUUGGCCUCCGUGAGGACGGACUGAAGGACUGGCUCAGACUGUGUGCCAAGCCGAGACAGAUGAAGAAAGCAAAGAAGACUAAAAAUACCCUCUCAACACAAGAAAUCAAGAACAUACACGUGACCCGACACUUGGACCCACUGCCACCAGGCUACUUCUACACCGGCUAUCAAUACGUUGACAUCUUUGGGGAGAAAAGGAGCUUCCAUCCCAACAUGGACGAGUUUAUCAAAGAGUACAUCGCCGAGGCCAACAAAGAGAUCGACCGAUUCAACUGUCAGCUGGAGCUGCAGGGCCAGCCCGACCUGUUUGAUCCGUGAUGGAGUGCGCGUGUACGUUCACUCCAUCUGUCUUGUUGAGGUUUUUAAGGGGAGCACCGUGGGAGGGACGGGGGGGGGGGGUUAUGUACCGAACACAUCACUAGAGUGGUCAAUGUGUGUUCACACCGCAUGAAUAUUCAGAAACUGCAGCUGCUAGAAGCCCACUUCCAUUCAUCUGUUACUGUGUGACUUUCCCUGUGUGGCAGCAUAAACCCAUCAAGAAGGGUUAAGUCAUAGUGUGGCUGUUUGCCGUACGUGUUGCCUCACUAUUUACUGAACGGCUGAGACGGGGGAACGUCGUUAUGAAAUGGAAGCGUCAAGUUGAUGCGGUCACUCACGUUAAUUCAGAUUAAGGCACGUCUGACAGGGACUCGCUGACAACUGCAGACAAAUCUGAAACGUAGCGUCACUCAAGAGUCCAAUUAUUAUUAUUAUUACUUUUUCAGCGUGAUUACGCCACGAAUCCUGCGAGACUUUCACAAUUGAAGGGAAUUUCCAAACCGCGCACUCUCCUGCAGCUCGUGUGUGUGUGUGUGUGUGUUUCUGUUUAUCACAGUUGGCAAAUUAAUGCCUCUAUUUCUGGGUCGCCGUGUGAUUCUGGUGGGCUCCCCGGUGGGGUUUCUCAAGAGUCGCUCCUCCUCUGUUGUCACCCAAUCCACGGUCCACCUGUUGGCCGGUCCGCAGGCCGCGCUGCAGCCGAGCGAGCGCUCGGCCAUAGAGCUGUAAACAUUAGACAGCCCGCUGGCCGCAAGACAGCUGAUGAAUGAGGCCAUUAAUCACGUAGCCAUACGCCACCCCGCUGCUUUAUUUUAAGACUCCUGAAGUGAAUCUCGUGAAAGUGCAAUAAAACUGAUCUGUCCCCGUUGCGCAACAGCUGUCGCGUUGAAACACGUCGAGCCGCUCCGAGCUUCGAUCUUCCACGUCCCUCAGAAAACGUUUCCUCAGAGCAGCGCGUUCUGCCCGUUUCACUGCUGCUGCUUAAUAGUAGAUGGAUGGAGGAAGUGCAGCCAGGUGUGGAUCACACAUUGCACCAUUUCUUGUUGCUUUUCUCAUAAGUGUGAACAUUCCCAUAAUCUUUUGUGUCGUUACAUUUGGGUUGGAUUCGGGGGGGAAAAAGGGAAGCUUCAUCCAGUUUAUUGUUUUUGGGGUAAUUUAGAUUGAACAUGAUCGGAGUCGGUGGUAAAAAAGGUAUCAGGCUUUGUAUCAGUGGUGUGACGUUGCAGAGACUUAUCGUCCUGUUUUUAAUGAGUAAUUAAUGCUGCUGUUUUCUCUGCGAUGCUGUGACACACUAACGUCCUUAUGCAUGUCUUCCUCUCACCAGGGCUCCUACACAGGUUUUCAAAUUUGAGGAUGUGUGAGAAAAAAUAAUUUGACGAGAAGCAUAAAGAUUCUCUCGUGCUGCCGUUUGUGCAUCUGCAUAUUUAGGUAGAGUAAACCCUACUUAAGUUAUAAAAACGCUACAAAAGCUUGAAAGAAAUGUUUAAUGUGUAGGAGCCCUGUCACAGUAUAGAUGGGAUGGCUUUCAUUCGUUAUGGGGUCAGCAGUGUAACAUGCGAUCUGAACAACGUACGGGUCAAUUGGUCGCAGCCAAUGACGAGUACUUUUACUGUCAGAUGAUACGGGAAUGAGGUUUCUGCUCAGGUUAAAGCUCAUAACCUGAUUCACAGCAGAGUUCGUGCGUGAGGUGGAAACUUUCUGAUGCAAGAAACGUAUCUAAAAAAGUGGGUGACCUCAGCCCGAAAUAAACCGUCAGAUUUUCCACGUCAGUCUGACGCCGCCGUCAGCCGCCGCCAGUGAAAUUGAAAGAAUUCAUAAUUCUUCCACUCGCCCGCACAAACGGAGCGAUUGCAUUUAUAGCGAGCUAUUUUCCUCCAGGUGACCUCUCUUGUCCGUCUGCGGAGAUUCAAAUAAUUCUGAGCCUGAACUCGGCCCCGACGCUGCUGGCCUCAUCCGUCCACUUUAAUCUGAGCGAGCCGCGCCGCCUUCUGCUAGGUGUGCCGCCGUCUCCUAGACAAAUCAUAGAUAGUACGAAAUAGCACAAAACAUAGCGGCGCGGUUCGCCUCCUAACCUUUAUUACCCAGGCAUGUUCCACAUAGCCAGCAAACGAGAGGAGGAGCUCAUCCUGUUGCCUCCUCUCUUACUGUCCUUCUCUUUUUACUCUUAAAAAUAAGUGCAAUUGUUCCUUGUGUAUUUUUAUAUAUCCUACUUGCGGUACCCUCAAAUAGCUCUUUAAGGACAAAGCCGGGGAAACAAAUGAGCUGCUAAAUUCUCAGUAUCUCACAGCUUGUAUUCUGCGGUCUGCCGGAUCCCUGCUUUGAGUGCUUGUCGCUCACAUAACAAGUCAAGGGUUUGAUGCGAAAUUAAAUGCCGAAAAAAAAUAAAAAAAUAAAAUAAAUGAAACGAUUACGUCCGCUUACAAACACCCGGUGUUUAAGAAAAAACAACAAAAAAAAAAAAGGAAAAUAGAUUAUAGUGGGCUUUUAAAAAAAUAAUAUUAUAUAUAACUUAAAUCCUUCGCUGACAAAAUAGCAACUCUCGUUUAAGCUGGAUCCUCUUUCCAGAGAUGCACUCUCUAAGCUGGAGCAACAGUUGCCGUCAUUCUUCGGUUACGUAAUCCUUCAGAGAGUUACCUAGAUUGACAGUGAAAUCGUCGGGAGGCAGAUGUAUGGGAAAGUUUCACGACUUUGACACCAGGCUGUCCAUCAAAGAGCGGAGCAACACAAACUCUUAAUUGGCCCCGAGUUGAAAAAGGGAGUCCUUAAAGAGUCGAGGGUUACGCAACAUGUUUGUGAGGUUUAAAUCAAAUUACCACUAACAGAUAUAGACGCAUAUACACGACUCUACUACUAAGUCUGUCUACACUAUUCUGCAUGUGUUGAGAUGUCAAGUGAAUAUGACGCCGCAUAUAAACUGACAGAAUUGCCUUUCACCAAACUGGUACAGCAAAGAAAAAAAAAACAAAAAACGUAUUUUACGUGUCUGCUAAGAAUUUGAAUUACCUCAAGACAACAGAUAGUAUUUUUAUAAAACUGUGAAUUGAGCGUUCAAGAUGAAACAAAAAAAGUUUCCUUUUCGCACAAGCUUCAAAAAUAAAAAAGCAGAUGCAACUUUUUUUUUUCUAGCGGAAAAAAAACUUGAGAAUCUGAUCCGAGACAUCAGGUUACUCUGAUCCAGCAGUGCCUUGGCUACAGCUAAGAAAAGCAGAGGUUUAAAGCUGCAUUCAGAGCUCCAUCCUUCUCCUCCGCGACUGGACUGGGGGGAGGAGGAGGAGGAGGGAGGAGGAGGAGGAGGAGGAGGUGUUGUCAGGCGAGGAUCCGUCCUUCAACAGUGUUGGUGAAAGGAAUCGUUCUUUAAAGCAAUGUGUUUUUAUUGAGCCAGAGGGUAGAGUAGACCGGGUCACACACAGGAGGCCGCUGGUGGGCUCAGGAUAAUUCAGGUAUUCUUACAAACUGACCAAAAAGAUGCAAGGGGAAGGGGGGGGGGCGGGUGUAGGGCUGGGUGCCAUGGAAAGGCCGCUCUUAAAUGCAUUUAGUAAUUUAUGUUACAAGAAGAAGAAAAGCUUCAUUUUUUUUUUCAAAUAUUUAUUUUUUUAAAUCAUUCCCAGCAGCACUAGUGAGGAUAUGAAACCUUUAAAGUUUUAUAUCAGGAGAACCAACCACCAUCCACCCCCCCGGACCCGCCUGCUAAACGAGUAGGAUUGAGUUUGUGACUAAAGUUGGGUGACUCCUACUUAUUGCACAUGGGAGCCCCAGCGAGCCCCCCACAAGCCUCCCCGUGUGCCGGCUACGCAGCCCUCUGGCAGACUGAGCACUCCGGUGUCUUCAUCCCGUACGUGGAGGCUAGCCAUUCUGUAGCUGAAGUUAUAGGACAAAAACAAAGUUUGGUGUUAAUUGUUUUUCGGAGGGAAAUGUAGAAGUUCUUCUACCGCGAGGUUGUUUCUCCCCAACGGCCUUCGGUGGUGCUGAACGUGUGCACUUCCCCAAAAAAGUGGAUAUUUUUAUAGUAUUUUUGUGCUUAUUGGAGAAAAAAAACGCAAAAGAAAACAAAAAAUGCGGCUUGGAAUGACUGACCAAAUAUUUCUCUGGCCUCAGGGGGACUGUCCAUAGUAAUUGUUGUGUCCUAUCAAGGUGGAAAGGGAAUCUCGUCACUGAAGAAUUCGCUCAGGUGUUGUUAUUUGUUCCUGCACCUGAGAUUGCACAGAAAAUUCAGAAGAAGUUGGAGGUAAAAUUGUGGUUAAUAUCUUGUCUGAAAAAAAAAGAAAAAGAAAAAAGAGCAGCUUAGAUUCAAAUUGCGUUUGAUGUCUUGAUGGCUGAAUUAGAUCCAUGAAAAAAAAAAAGCAAAGGGCUCGUUUCUUCCUCCCUUAUCUACAGGCCGUCCAAAGCAAAAAGAAAUCUCACUUCUAAAGUCUUUAUAUAGUGACGAGACUUAAAACUUAAAAUGUGCCAAGCUACAUUUCUUCUGAGGAUGUUCACAGAAAGUGAGCAAGACCCACACUUGCAUUUGCACAAAAAAACUACUGUAACUUGUGUUUUUUUCCUGUGACUGAUGCUUUUUAUAAAACUAAUUGUUGUAUUUAUUGCACCACAUAAUACAUUAAAUAUUUAUAUGGUU